AGCAAUCCUCCAUCAGAUAGGAAGAUCCACAGUCAGCAGCGGUAACGGCACACAAACCCUUAUUCCACCAUGGAGCAUACUGAAGUGAUGAAGCCCGAGACCCUUGAUGAUCUCAUCAAGGUGCUGCAUCAGAUUUUUGAAAGUGACAACGUCAACGUAGAGGAGGUUCAGAACAUAAUGGAAGCUUAUGACAGCAAUCCCCAAGAUUGGAUGAAAUUUGCCAAAUCUGACCAGUUCAGGUACACCAGGAAUCUGGUGGAUGAGGGCAACAGCAAGUUUAACCUGAUGAUCCUGUGUUGGGGUGAGGGGCAUGGCAGCAGCAUCCAUGACCACACGGACUCCCACUGCUUUAUGAAGAUUCUGCAGGGUCAGCUGAAGGAGACGCUGUUCGAAUGGCCCGAGGACAAGUCCAACGGUGACAUGGUCCAGAAAUCCCAGAGGGUCUUGCAGGAGAACCAGUGUGCCUACAUCAAUGACUCCAUGGGCCUGCACCGGGUGGAGAACAGCAGUCACACUGACUGUGCGGCCAGUUUGCACCUGUACAGCCCUCCUUUCCAGCACUGCCAGACCUUCGACCAGAGAACCGGCCACAAGAACGUAGUCAAGAUGACCUUCUGGAGCAAAUACGGAGAGAGAACGCCCUUUGAAACCACCAUCUCGCAGGAGAACAACUGAGGAUGCGUUGCGUUUCAUAAUGACAAUGUUGUAAAUCCAGAGUGAAACUGCAAAAGAGACGGGACAAAAACUAACAAACACGGGAGGACGACAACUAAAGUGAGCCAUUUAUAUCAGAGCCAGCGGGCAGUUCAAAGGACAUGUCAGUAAUUGGAAUGGCUUUAUCACUGCCCGCUGCAUGCCUGGCUAAUGCUGAUGAGCGCAGGGUGAAUGCAUGAAAAGGCUUAGCCCACCGUUUGAAUCUGCUCUUUGUUAGCCAGGCCAGAGGAGACCCUCUUUCCCUUAACAGCAGCAUUCCUGUGUGUCUGUGACCUGUGAUAUCCGCUCCUAAGCGUGCCACAAAAACACGUUCCUUAGUUUACAGUGAAGCACAUCUCAAGGCCUUUCAGUGACAGAACAACAACAAUGAGAGCACCGCAGGGAACCACAACACUAGAACACUUUAUAGGAACUAUGCGCAGGGUAGAGAGGAAGAUCAACAACAUCUACAACGACAACAACAACAAACCUAUGAGCUGCCAAAUGGAGGAAGGGAGAGUUCCAAUAGGUGGGGUGAUGAGACAGUAAGAGAGGGUUAUCAUGUGGGUCAUUAGAUGAUUCCCAAAUGUUUUUUAGAUGGCUACCAGAUAGUUCUUGGUGGGGAUGGGGGGGGGAGGAUGUAAAAAAAAAAAAGUUUUUGUACUGUUACGGCAGAAUGUGGAAAUGCGAGAUACAUGGAAAUGGGGUCAAAGUCGUCUUUCCAACCACUUAAAAUGAAGACCUGCAAAAGAAGAAAAAAAGGGAUUCUGUGAUGAACAGUUUCACUCUCGAUGGAGCACUUAUACUUGGGCCGGAUUAUUGUCUUAUUUCACAAAUUCACCUGUCAAAACCGUGAUGUAACAUACAAUUGUUUGUACAGUCAGAUUAGUAGAAUUGCAAUAUGCAUUAGCAAAGGUAAAGUUUUCUAGGUGUAAUAUUUUUUUUAAUGCAAUGCCUGUAAUGUAUUUGCCAUGUAUUCUGUAGGGCGGGUUAUAAUUGGCUUUUUCACAGGUCGUAAUAAAUUGUAAUAAAGACACAUCAUUAGAACAAGACUCGACUUCUCUCAGGAUUGUGUCUGUUGUUUAAGUUGUGGCUGUCUUAGUUUUUAAUUUUACAAAGUCCCAAAAUGUCAUCAGUUAUACUGCUUGAUGUGAGGCAAUCAACGACAAGUGGUUGCUUUCACGGUACAUCAUUAAACAUUACCUACGUCAUGA